AUGAGCAACACCAGUGACACCACAGUGGCUGAGUUUGUGCUGCUGGGAUUCCCAGAGCUGUGCCAUCUACAAGGGCUGCUGCUCAGCUGCUUCCUCAUCAUUUACCUGGUGACUGUCCUACAGAACCUGGUGGUUGUGGGCACCGUGCAUGCCAGCCGGCAACUGCACACGCCCAUGUACUUCUUCUUGGCCAACCUCUCAGUGCUGGAGACUCUCUACACCUCAGUCACCAUCCCCAAGCUGCUGGCUAUCCUGGCUGAGGCCAGGACCAUCUCCUUCUCAGGUUGCCUCACGCAGCUCUUCCUCUUCCUCUCCCUUGGCUCUGCGGAGUGCUUUCUCCUGGCUACCAUGGCCUGUGACCGCUACUUGGCCAUCUGCCAUCCACUGCGUUACCAAGCCAUCAUGGACCUGCAGCUCUGCCUGGCCCUGGCCCUCACUGCCUGGCUUGGUGGCUUUCUGGCCUCCUUCCCAUCCGUGGUGCUCAUUGCCCGCCUCAGGUUCUGCGGUCCCAAUGUCCUCAACCACUUCUGUGACAUCUCGCCUCUGCUGCAGCUCGCCUGCUCUGACAUCACCACCCUUGAAACACUGGACUUCGUGGCGGCCCUAGCAGUGCUCGCAAGCUCCCUGCUGGUAACCGCCUUCUCCUAUGCCCGCAUCCUGGCUGCUGUGCUGAGAGUGCCGGGAGGUACUGGUCGGCAAAAGGCGUUCUCCACUUGUGCCUCACACCUGGUGGUGGUGGCAAUCUUCUACACCACCACCAUCUUCAUGUAUGCCCGGCCUCGUGCUGUCAGCUCCUUCGACUUCAACAAGCUGGUGUCUGUAGUUUAUUCUGCUGUGACACCCCUGCUUAACCCCCUCAUCUACUGCCUACGGAACCGUGACAUCAGGGAGGCCCUGGCCAAACUACAGCAAAGGAUGGCCCAAGUG